GAGAGUGAAUUUUUAAAGAAUCACCGUCUUUCUUAGCUUUAAGUAUAAUAAUGAAAAUUAUUAUUUUUUUAAAUAUAUAUAUAGAAAUAAAUCAGCACAUGUUCCACCCUGUAUCAUACCACCACAUAUGAGUUUCAAUAUUUAUAUGGAACUACUGAAAUAAAUUACAUUUUGCAAGAUAUUCUGCUUUUUUUGGUGAUGGACCUUAAUUUAUGGCAUCAUUAUUUCUAAAGCCGAGAAAACUCAGCGUUUUACAGCUCAUAGCUACUGGGUGGCCCAGUUCAUUUUUUUCCCUACAUACUGAAUAUUUACUGUAAAUAGGAUUUAAAAGACACUGACAGAGACUUAUAAGACAUAAUUCAGGCUCUUUAGUUUUAACUAUGUUGUUAUUCUUGUGUGGAAGGUUAGUUUGGAACAUUCAUCCAGUAAUUUCCAGCCACUGAGGAAUGUGCCGUUUUAGGUCAUCAGGGAUGACACAGGAAAAUUUUCAAUUUCCCUUGGUCCGAAAAAUAUUCAACAUCAUUGUACUGUAUUUUUCAUCAAUUCAGGCAAGUAUAUCAAGCUUUGGGUUUUACGAAAUGGCUGUAAGUAAAUUUGUUUCAGGACGAUGGAGGUCAUGACAUCUGUCUCUCCCAUUAAUAAAGUCGCGGUGUUUGGAGAAGACCUCAAUGAGACAGAUUACUUUUUUGGCAAUCAUACAAGCGAUUCAAAUUCUCAGUUGAGGGAUUCUCUCAACAUCAUGUCAACUGUUGUUUACUCCCUGGCUUUUGUCCUGGGUGUGCUGGGCAAUGGCGUGGUGAUAUGUGUCACUGGAUUCAUGAUGAAGAAAACCGUUAGCACAGUAUGGUUCCUCAACCUCGCUGUGGCUGACUUUCUCUUCACAGCCUUUCUUCCUUUGAGUGUGACGUACACUGCUUUAGAAUUCCACUGGCCCUUUGGGACGUUCAUGUGCAAACUAAGUAGUGCAGUUAGCGCUCUCAAUAUGUUCGCCAGUGUUUACAUCCUGAUGAUGAUCAGCAUUGAUCGAUGCGUUUCCGUGUUGUUGCCGGUUUGGGCUCAGAACCACCGCAGUGUCCAGAAGGCUUCCCGUGUGAGUCUGUGUGUUUGGGUGCUGGCUCUCAUUCUAAGCACUCCAUUCUUCAUCUUCAGGGAUACGAAGCCAUCCUUCUUCAACGAAGAGGUCAUUAACUGCUUCAACAACUUUGCAUUUUCUGACGAUUUCACACCAGAGCAAAUUCAGCUCCGACUGUUUCGCCAUCGGGCCAUAACCGUGACUCGCUUCCUCCUGAGUUUUGCGAUCCCCUUCACCGUCAUUGUCGCCUGUUACGCUGCCAUCAUCCAUCGUCUCAGAAAGAAUCCCAACCUGGCCAGCCAAUCGAGUCGCACCUUUAAGAUCAUUGCUGCCGUUAUAAUUGUUUUUUUCCUCUGCUGGGCUCCCUUUCACGUCAUUGUUUUAAUGGAGCUAACCAGUCAUCAGUAUUCAAGUGUACUCAUCCAAAAUGUUAUAACACUCGGGCUGCCAAUAGCCACAAGCUUGGCCUUUCUCAACAGUUGUCUAAAUCCACUGCUCUAUGUGUUCAUGGGACAAGAUUUCAAGGAUAAAGUUUGCAAAUCCAUUGUGAAAGUAUUGGAGAAUGCUUUCCAGGAAGAGGACACUCAAGCGGACUCAAAGACAGUUGAAACCACUCAGGGCAAUGAAAAUAGUAAACUCUGAUUUUCUCUAAAACAUGUUGCCAACAAAUACUGAAAUAUUACAAUGGAAAUAAUUGCAACAAAUUUAUAUAUUCCUGUUUUGAUUUUGUCGUCUGUAUUCUUGGUUUGGGUGUCUUAAGUUUUUAAACAUUGACAGGAUGUUUGUUAGUGAAUAUAUUGUUCUGGCAUGUUGUGUUAAAACCCCACAGCCAAUUAAAUUGUGUUUUUGGCAUUUGGCAUUCCACCAAAAAUGCAAAAGAGGAAUGUGAUACAAAACCUGUGAGACAGACCUUGCUUUCAUGGCAGCACAACAGUGAUACACAAGCAUCUAAAAAUCAAGCUUGAUGUGACUAAUCCAAUUUCUGAUGAACAUGGACAGUCAUCUCGGUUAGCAAUUUGGCUCGUUAUCGACAUGGCGAUUGGUGGUGAUCAAUGUAAAUUGAAAAUAAGUGAUAACUUGCUCAUUUUUCCA